GAGCACAGCAUACAGCAGCACAGGAGUCUUCUGACAUCAGAACAGUGUGAUUCAUUCAGGCAAGAAAGUAAGAAAGAAGCAGGAAUUUUCAGAGAUAUAAAGAGUGUCUUGGAGUAACACAAUCCUGAGAGGAGUAUGAGGAUGUAAGUGUAAGUUAGAGGGCUGUGGGAACUCAUCAUGUCUGUCAGAGAGAACAGCAGCUGAAUAAAUCUGGGCUGAAACUUCACUCGCACCUGCUGGUGGGACUAACACUUCUGGAUAUUCCAUUGAGACUCAUGUGAGCAUUUCCUAUGGUCCUCUUCAGUGUUCCAGAAAGCCAGUGUUUGAUCAGCUUGCUCUUUUGUCAGACAGAAAGACUAGCUGUUUUUUGGAGCACUAGAGCAUUUCCGUCAGGGUUAUUCCAAGAGACAUGAUAGAGAAUGAAAUCAAGAAUGUGACUUCCAUUCCAGAGCAUGGAGAAGUCAAGUAGCGAGGAAUCCGCCAUCCACCGCAGCCCCUCUGUGGACAGCCACGACUCUGACUUUGCCCAAGCCUCCACGUCCGGGCGGCCGUUCGGAGGACGAGGCUUCACCGCUGGCGCGUUCUACGGGUCCACCGGCCCACGUGCGCAAAGCACUGCUCAGAGCGGGGCGGUCGGGGACGACAAGAGCAGCAAUAAGUACAAGGCGCCUAAAGGCAGCAAAUACGUUGUCUUUUAUCUGGAUCUAUCAUUUGUGUUCCUUCUAGAGUUCAAGAAGUGCAACAUGGCGAGAGGCUGCUUGUGCUGUCUGAAAUACAUGAUGUUCGUCUUCAACCUCAUCUUCUGGUUGUGCGGCUGUGGACUGCUGGGUGUUGGAAUCUGGCUGUCUGUGUCUCAGGGCAGCUUCGCCACCUUCUCCCCAUCAUUCCCCUCCCUCUCCGCUGCCAACAUGAUCAUCGCUAUAGGCACCAUCGUCAUGGUGACGGGCUUCCUCGGUUGCUUGGGCGCCAUAAAGGAAAACAAGUGCCUGCUUCUGAGCUUCUUCAUUGUCUUGCUGAUUAUUUUGCUGGCUGAGCUGAUUUUGCUCAUUCUGUUCUUCGUGUACUCUGAUAAGGUCAGUGAGAACGCCAAACAGGACCUGAAAGAUGGUCUGGCCCUCUACAACACAGACAACAACAUCGGGCUGAGGAACGCCUGGAACAUCAUCCAAGCUGAGUGGAAGUGCUGUGGAGUAACGGGUUACACAGAUUGGCACGAGGCUCUGAAAGAGAAGGUGGUGCCCGACCGCUGCUGUCAAGAGCAUUAUCAGGAGUGCGGCCGAAAUUCCACCAACAUGUUCUGGACACGAGGCUGCUACGAGAAGGUGGAAGAGUGGCUUGAAGAUAAUAAGCACCUUCUCGGAACAAUCGGCAUGUGUAUCCUGUUAGUUCAGCUCCUGGGAAUGGCCUUUUCCAUGACACUGUUCCAUCAGAUCCACAGAUCGGGGAAAAAGUAUGACGCCUAACGAGGGGAAGGGACGAGCCCCAGUGCAUUAUGGGACGGACUCUGGAGGUCAUCUCUUGUACAUCCUCCUCUUGUAUCUAAAUUUCACCACUGGCCACGUUUCCUCAUUAACCCCUGAGCCCCCUGUACAGAUUUCAGCCAUCGUCCCGCUGUCUUUCUCCUCAUCCACUCAUCUGCCAAAGAGACCCUGGACAGAGAGGAACACUUUCUGACUUUCUCCCUUCAUCUCUUCUAGAACUUUUGUUUUAUGCUUGAACUAACGAAUGUUUGCCGCAAGAAGAAUACCUGCAGUGAUGACGAACUGCGUGUCUUUACUAAUGCUUAAUUCUCUCCCUCCACUCGGCAGGACACUGGUAGUGCAGAGACCGUCAGAGUGGAUGAAUUAAAAAAUUAAAAAAUCAUCAUCAUCCUCGUCUACAAUGUAAAUGACAAACGGCUCCAAUUUAGCAUGACGCAGUUUUGUACGAGAGACACCUUUGUCAUGUCAGCAACUUUUUUAUUUUGUUUUUACAAGUGACUACACCCCAGUCCCAUAAUUUUCAAUUUUGUGCAUCUAAGGAUUGGAAGUCACCGUUAUGAAUAUGGACUGCUUUGUUUAUGUGCAUUGAAAGCUUUUGUGUGUGUGUAUAAAGGUCUGUGAUUGGACAUUUUGAGAGGGUUUUGAAAUGUGCUGAAAGUUUAACCCUAAUUAAUACAUGAUCAGAUAUGGACUUUUUUUUAUCAUAUAUAGUCUGAUUAUCAGGCACUUAAAAAAAUAUAUAUAUAUAUAUAAAAUUACUGAGUAUUUUUGUCUUAUUUUCCGCAUACUUGAAACAAGAAAAAAAAUACUUAAAAAACAGAAUGACAUGGGGUCUGGGUAUCUCAGCGAGUAUUGACGCUGACUACCACCCCUGGAUUCAAACUCGUGACUCCAGGGGUGGUAGUCAGCGUCAAUACUCGCUGAGUGACUCCAGCCAGGUCUCCUAAGCAACCAAAUUGGUCCGGUUGCUAGGGAGGGUAGAGUCACAUGGGUAACCUCCUCGUGGUCAUGAUUAGUGGUUCUCUCUCUGAAUGGGGCGUGUGGUAAGUUGUGUGUAGAUCGUGGAGAGUAGCAUGAGCCUCCACAUGCUGUGAGUCUCUGCGGUGUCAUGCACAACGAGUCACAUGAUAAGAUGCACGAAUUGACAGUCUCGGAAGCGGAGGCAGCUGAGACUUGUCCUCCACCACCCGGAUUGAGGUGAGUAACCGCACCACCAUGAGGACCUACUAAUUAGUGGGAAUUGGGCAUUCCAAAUAGGGAGAAAAAGGGGAUAAAAAAAA